UUGGAGAUGUAUUCAGGCCAGCAAUCUGAUCAGGGUCCUGUUGCAAACAGUGGUAAAGAGUUCCUGGAGGGGAAUUGGGGUUCUGUGGCAAUGCAUCAAAACAUGGGGUAUAGCAGUGGGACAUAUGGAUUUCAAGCUUGUGGCAUGGAGUUCGAAGAAAAGCCGGGGCUAUAUAGAACUUCUACUGGUGCAUUCUCUCAGAACAUCCAGAUGAGUGAUGAGCAUAGUGGUGGUGUGAAGAAAAGGAAGGGAACAGAUGACUGCAUUGCUUUGCUAAACCCAUCAGCCAGUAGCAGCAUGCAGAAUAUGGGUGAUCUACAAACAGAGGUUUCAUCUCAGCCAGAAAGGAAUUCAGUGGAGGAGGACAACAGAAAGAUUUCAUCCAGAACGCAGAGCAAGGAAGGAUCUUCUGAUGGCGAUGGCACUAAAGAUUAUGUUCAUAUGCGGGCAAAAAGAGGCCAAGCCACUAACAGCCACAGCCUUGCAGAAAGAAUGAGGAGAAAAAAGAUAAGUGAGAGAAUGAAGCUUCUUCAGGAUCUUGUUCCAGGAUGUAGUAAGAUUACUGGCAAGGCAGUGAUGCUUGAUGAGAUAAUCAAUUAUGUGCAGUCCUUGCAACGUCAAGUUGAGUUCUUGUCGAUGAAACUUGCAACCGUCAACCCUGAGCUUGGAUUUGAUAUUGAGCAGAUUCUAUCCAAACAAAUGAUACUUCCACAAGAGAGACAUCUUGCUUUCUAUGGAGCUGGCCCAGGAUCAAACACCCUUACUGCUCAUUUUAACCAAGGAAUCAUGCAGCCAGAUAUGAUGUGCAAUGCUUCCAAUCCUGCCGGUGUUUUUCACGGAACGCUCCACGACAUCUCCACAAUGCAUCAGAUGCCUGAUAUGUGGGAAGCGCUUCAAAACAUCCCUCAUAUGAACUUCAACCCCGCUGUGGCCGCAGAUAGCAGCACCAACAAUGCUGGUUCCAUGAAGAUCGAACAGUGAGUUACUGGUAUAACUCUGGAGUUGUUCUGUGAACCGUAAUGCGCUUGCAGAAUUAAGUUUUGUAUAGCUGGAGGUCUAACCAUUUGUUGCCGGUUUCCUACUCUUUGCUCCCCAACCCCGUAGUGUAUGGUUAAUGGUACGCCAUCUAAAGACCUCAUGUACAGAUGGGCUCAAGAACUGAUUCUACUGUUAAGUUUCUUUCAAGCUUCAGCUUGUUGAAAGCGGGAACCCCAUAUUGUUCAUGAAUUCCAGGCUUGGGAGCCAUAUGUUGAUGCCCUAAGCUUAGUUAGUAGACUGGCUUAUUAUUAGAAUUGUUGGUACAAACAUCCAAAAAUAUU